CCAAAAUGCCGUCUACGGCGGAGGCGAAAGCCGUUUCGUUGCCAACACAGACGGAGAAACCUAUACAUUACACGUAUUUGAAAGAGUUUCGUGUGGAGCAGUGCCCGCUGUUUCUCCAACAUAAAUGUACUCAACACAAACCAUUCACGUGUUUUUAUUGGCAUUUUAUGAACCAACGUCGCCGAAGACCAGUUAGAAAACGAGAUGGUACAUUUAACUAUAGUCCUGACGUAUACUGUACAAAAUAUGAUGAAACUACAGGAGUUUGCCCUGACGGAGACGACUGUCCCUACCUACAUCGCACAGCAGGAGACACAGAAAGACGUUACCACCUUCGCUACUACAAGACUGGAGUAUGUGUUCAUGAUACUGAUACAAGAGGCUACUGUGUAAAAAAUGGGCCACAUUGUGCUUUUGCUCAUGGAGUGCUUGAUUUGCGGAAUCCAGUUUAUGACAUUCGGGAAUUACAUGCUCUUGAAAAUUCUGAAGAAGGAGCUAACGGUACUUCUGGACCAAAUAGUCUUGAUAAAGAAAGAAAUGCCCUGAAUGAAGACCCCAAGUGGCAAGAUACCAAUUAUGUUUUAGCCAAUUAUAAGACUGAAACCUGUAAAAGACCUCCUAGGUUGUGUAGACAAGGUUAUGCUUGCCCUCAGUAUCACAACAACCGGGACCGAAGAAGAAGUCCAAAAAUACAUACAUACAGGUCCACACCUUGUCCAAAUGUAAAACAAGCAGAUGAAUGGGGUGACCCUGCUAACUGUGAAAAUGGAGACAACUGCCCUUAUUGUCAUACUCGUACUGAACAACAGUUUCAUCCAGAUAUUUACAAAUCAACAAAAUGUAAUGAUAUCCAGCAGACAGGAUACUGUCCUCGUGGCCCCUUCUGUGCUUUUGCUCAUGUUGAUAAAGAAAUAUCAGCAGUACGAGAUAUAGGUGUAGACAAUACAACAAAUCUGGCAGUAAUUUUGUCAAAUGUUUUACCACCAAAUUCUAUAGCUAGUUCAUCUCAAUCCCAAACAUCAUUGACACUAAGUAAAAGAGAUGACUCACAAACCCAAAAAAAUGAAGUCCAUGUUAACGACACGGAAGGGUCUUCACAACAAAUAGUGUUAAAUUCUUCAACAGAAGUCAUUGGAAAUGAUGGGUCAUCAGUUGAGUGUUCAACUUUCAUUGGUAAUAAUCCACUUCCUGCACCAAUAGCUCGGCCUCGGUCAUAUAGUUCAUCAACUAAUCAUUCUGGAGAAAUUUUAGUCUCUUACCAAAAAGCCCCUGGAUCUGAAAGAGAAGAUCGAGAGGUGACUCUUAGGAAACAGUUAGAUGCUAUAGAUAGUGAUUCAUCUUUAGACCUAAUUGAGAAAACUCAUCGUAAACAAAGUAUAUGUUUAGCAUUUGGCAUCAACCCAAGUCACCUAGCUUCAUCUUCUUUACCACAUAGUACCUCAUUAAUAUCAGCCUAUUAUCCAACAGCAGUAGAUACAGUUGAAUCGGUUGUUGCUGAUGGAUUAUUAUUUUCCAAACCAGGAAAUGCCUUAGAUGAUCUGAAUCUUGAUGAUAUUAAUGUUGAAGCAUCCAUAGACAAAGAACUAGAAUGUGAAGCUAACCCAGUGAGUUCAUCGUUAUCAGCUGGAUUGGUUAGUUCUGGAAUUCUAGGCAGUUCAGCUCCAGUCAACAUUCCUGGCAGUGGGAGUAUACAUGAUCAUAGAGGGCUAAGUAAUUUAUCUCCUCCUGCCACUUCUCCCCUUGACUCUCUCCCUCACAGUCUUUCCAUGGGAGGAGCUCCCGUUCUUCAUCCGGUUGGAUCAAGAUCCGAACACUCAUUAGAUAAGGCUGCUGCAGCAUUCUAUGGUCAUCCAAGUUCUUUUGACAAUACAAAGUAUGGACAUUUCCCUGGUUCUGGUGUUUAUGAAUACUCUGCGUCACAAAACAUGUCUCCAAGUAGUCGGGUAGGAGGUGCUCCCAAUUCUCCCCUUCUACCAAACAUGUCUUCAUUUAAUUCAGUUAAUUCUGGUGGUCCUAGUCUCAGUGAAGUUCAUAGGUUACAUGAAGAACAAGUUGUUAGAACUAAAUUAGCCACAAUGGAAGAAGGAUAUAAUCAAUUGAGAAUGGAGUUCCUCGGAACUUUCCAGGCAUGUGAAGCAUGGAAGCGACAUGCAGAAGAUGCGAAUAGAAGAGAAAAGGUUAAAGAACAACAGAGAGAUGAGGCUUUAGCAAAAUUAGACUUACUCCAAAAGGAAGUAGAAAAUCUUUCUGGUGGCUCUUUAUUACACACACUAACAGGAGUAUCAGAAUUAGAAACUAUACCCUUGGGCGAACUCAAACAAAUAAAAGACCAGCUUAUAAAUGAACUAGACAGGCUAGAAAAGGUGAUUUAUCAUAAAACAGCAACAAAGUGUAUGGUAUGUGAAAACCAGAAUCGUAGUGUAGCCUUGUUACCAUGUAAUCAUUAUGUAUUAUGUAGCCAGUGUGCUCCACACCAGUCAAAAUGUCCUUACUGCCAGGCUGAUAUUGCUCAGCGAUCAAGUAUGACCAUACCAUUGUAAAGUAACUGGUUCUGCAUUUGUUGAGAGGGAAGCAAGCUAGAAGUGGUUUAUUAUAAACUGAAUCUUUUCAAUUGGACUUCUGUAGAAAUAUUUCCAUUUUGUAGUUUUACUCUCUAGAGCAAUCAUCAAGUGGGAUCAUCUCGUCUUUGCCAAAUUGAGUACAAAAGGAAGCAAGAAAAAUUGUAAAUUUAACUCCUACAGAAUAUGGAUUCUAGGAUUUUAAUCUGUGAAAUUAUAACUAUAUCUUUGGCAAAAAAAUAAGUAUUGUAAUCUGCAUUAUUCCCAUCCCUUGAUGAUUUUUUUUUGUCUUAUGAAAAAAAUGUGAUGUGUAGACAUGAACAAUAGCUGAAAUAUUUUUUGUUUCUAUUGUAAUCUUGGCAUUGUUAAUGUUAUUCUGUGCAGAUGCUAGAAUGUACUUUGUGUUAUAUGCUGUUUUAUUUACAUAGGUUGAUACUCAGAACUGUAUGCUGUGUAAAAUAGAAUAUUGUGAAGGUACAAUAAGUGGUUGGUAGUAAUUUUUAAGUAGUUUUGACUCAAUUUUUGAAUUCUUUAUAACGUGCUUAUAUCUAUCUUGGUGGAUGGUUCCUUAGCCCUGUCUAGUUUAUGAACUAUAAGAAAAAAAUUUUUAUACUUAUCAGAGUUGAAUUUUGUUUUUGUUCACUUUCUUAAUCAAAAAUGUUUAAAGAUUAGGUUUCUAACAAUAUAAAAUAGGAUGUUUAGAAUAAUAAUAAUUGGUUUCUCAGAGCUAGGUUUAACCUGUUUCAUAAAUUUGUAUAUAUUAUUGAAUGUCUGAUUUAUACACAGCUUAAGCCUUCAAAAAUGUUUAAAGCUCUGUGUUUAAGGGUAAUGCUGACACUGUAGACCUGUGGGUUGGCCUUCACAAUGUACCCUGUGCUUUAAGCUGUGGGUUCAUUAUAAGAGUGACAGUCAAUCCCUUAGCAUGGAUGGUUGGGUGCUACUUCAGUCAUUGUUUGGUGUCUGCUCUAAAUUAUUACACAUGAAUUAUACCUUUAUUUUUUAAUGAUGUUAGCUGAGUACAGCACAGUGAAUAGUGUGGUGGACUGUGGGUCAGAGGUUCUGUGGUUUGUACUCAGUUACUACCAACAAAAAAAUGGCACUCCAUACUCUGGGGCUGUGGGUGCAUUAUAAUGGUGGCAGUCAAAUUCCACUGUUCGAUUAGAGUAGCCCAAGAGCUGGUAAUAGGUGGUAUUGACUAGUGCUGCCUUUCCUCUAAUCUAUUACUUUGAAAUAAUAGGUGGCUAACAUGGAUAGCCCUUGAGUAGCUUUAAACAGAAUUUAAAAGAAUUUAAAUUGUGAACUAUGUAGAAAGCCAUUAAAAGAUACUUUAAUCCUGCUUUUCUGGUAAAACAAACAUCUGUAAGAAAUGUGCUAUAAGUGGUGAAAAUCUGUUGUUAAUGGUAAUAUUGUGUACCUAAGGAAAGAAAGCAUUAUAAAUUAUGUUUAUUUGUGUAUAAAACAGAAAUUACAGUGGUAUAGCUAUGGUCUUCUGUGACUCUAGGCAAAAUUUGUAUGUGUGGAUUACCCCUUACAGUGGGUUAUAGUAAGUAAAUAGUAAUACUUUAGGUUAUUAUAUAUUAUUAUUGUGAAUUACUAAGUACUUGUGUUCUUAAAUAUGUCAUUGUGUGCUUUAGGAUAACAAAAACAUUCUUUAGAUUCCAUUUUCUUGCUCAUUCAUUUACAGUGGACAUUAUAUCUAAUCCCAUUAGAUUUUUCAUCCUUUAACACAAAAUAUAAAGCUUUACUGUGAUCUGAAAACUAUUACCACAGCUUGGGAGUGUAACAGAAUCACAUUCUUGAUAUGGUUAGCCUUGUAUAUCUACAAAAUACCUCCCAUUGUGUUUUAUUUCCCAUGGCAAAAUUCCAAAAGGUUUGUAUGAACAAUGUGAUACAACAAGUCUUUUGAUCUAUGCAUCAGUAAUUUCAAGCAAAAACUCUGCCCUGUCUAUAGGGUGUUGUUGCUCUUACAUACUACUUUUCUGUGUCAAUAACACAAAAACUAAUUGACACACUGCUAAAAACUGGUAGGAGGAAACGUGUGGAGUUAUCCACCUUUGUAGUUCAUACAGAACUUACUCUUGGCAUGGAAUUGCUAAAAUGCCAUGCAGCUACAGUCAAACAAUUACUGUACUAAAAAGUAGUUUUGUUCUAAUAGUCCAAAAUAGUCAUGUCAGAGUGGCUAGUAUAAUGUGAGGAGACAUUUUUAUUUCAAAUUAGAUAUUUUCUUUGCAUAGUAUAGUACUACAAUUCCAUUUACAUUUUAAAUUUAGUGAUCUUGUGAUUGGUAUCUUUCUGAUCUAUCUAAACAGUUAAACUUCUGAGUAACUGUCCCUUCCCUGAUAUAUUUCUAUACCACUGAAGAGAUUCUGUAUAGAUUGAAUGUUAAAAUCAUCUGUAUGUUGAUAAUUUUAAUGCCCCGAGUUAUGUCCUGUUUUUCUAAAAUGAGAAGAGCUGUUUAUAUUGUAACUAGUGAUAGGUCUUAAGGCCAUUUAAAAGGAAAAAGGUUCUCAGAUGCAACAAUUCUAAAAACCUCUAGGUAACCUUUGUUUGUUUGUUUGUUUUAUAGCCAGGUUACAAGGCAACUAUUCACCAAGGUCACCCAUAAAAUAAUACUGAUUCAAUGAACAGAUGUUCGUUGUGUAGCUUAUAUCAAAAGUCAAGACUGAUGAGUAAUUUAAAACAACAAUAUUCUCUGCCUAGUUGAAUAAAAACAUUCCACCUGCAGGUUAUGAAACCACCUGCAUAUGCCUGAAAAUUGACUAAUUAGCUUUAUAGGGUAUAAUUAAAAACUAAUAAAACUUGUUGAAUUUAGCACACCAGUGUAAAAUAUAUUUACUACUCCAUAGCUUUACAACUCCAGUACAUAUUAAUAAAUGUGCAUCUUACAAACUAUUUCAGAUGGAAAAAAACUAGUUUUCAAUGUUUCAUUGAAAUGUCUUUGUAAAUAGUGUGGUUUCCAACCAUCAUGUUGUAUUUUGUCAUUUACAAAGAAAAUUUUAUUGGUAAAGCUACGAUGUUUAUAAGAUUUCAGAUACAUAAAUAAAAAAUGUUCAAGCAGUCGCAGGCUAAGAAUAUGUAAUUACCACACACUUCUCUUUAUGGUGUUAGCUGUUUAGUGUGUUUUCUAAUUUCAAAAACCAAGACGUGUGUACAUGAGAAUACUUACAAUGAUCACAACUGAAUAUAAUCAACUCAAAUACUAAGUAAAUGCAGUCUGUUUCAGUUUUUAAUAUGUACUGAGUAACAGAAAUACACACAGUUCAUAUAUUCAAUCACAGUUCUUUUAUCUGUUUACUUGUGAAAAAAUGUUAAAAUUGUCAUAUAAAAUUAAAUAUUCAAAUUUUCUAUUACAAAAAAUGUGUGAACAUUUUUUAUUGAUUGAUAAAGCUGCUGAAACUUGGUAAAGAAAUAACAUUGUUAAAAUAAUCAGAACUUUGUAAAAUUUGAUUUUAGUGGCAAGAAAAAUUAAUUUGUUUAUUGUUUCACUCAAGUAAACACAAAUUUUAUUUUAGAAAAUAAAACCUAAUGUAAAGAGCAACUGUUAGCUGUUUAAUUGUUUUUAAUAUAAAUACACAGAAUGUAAUGCCAUAGUUGGACUAGUGUAAAGAAAAAGAUAACCUUUAGUUCGGACAAAUAUAGUUUUAGGAUUCAGCAGGAAGAGUGUAUUGGAUAUUAAUGAAAAUAGCAGUGGUAUGCAAGAAGAGACAUGAAAACCAUUUUUAUUGUGGUAGAUUUAUCUUUUUUUUUAAUGUGAUGUGUGCUGUGCCAGUUUUAGUUUCCUUAAACAGAGUUUGAAGGACAAGUCUUAUUAGUUGAACAUUAAAAUUUGAAAACUGUAAAUAUGCUGAUAUCUGAAAUGAAGGCUAUUACAGAAAACUUAGCUUUUUUCUAACACAUUUUAAUACUAUAAAAUACUGAAUUUUAAUUUAGAUGCUGUGUAAGCCACAUUACACAUUAGUGAUAUUUUUUAAUUUUACAAGUAUGUGAAUAAAGAAAAAUGUUAAGACACUUGUGAUAACUUUUAUACUUUAAACAAUUAGACCAGGUGAUUUUUUCCUCUUUUUCAAUGUUAUCUAUUAUUUUGUUCUGUUACUUCUCUGUUAACAUUUGGAAGAUAUUCAGUUAAACUAGACAGGGCAAUUUGAACAAAUAAGAUAAAUUAUACUGAGUGUAAAUGAUGGGAAACCCAAAUUUAUCCAUCUUUAUACUAUACUUUGCUCGAAGGAAAGUUUUUUUUGUUUUGUUUUUUAUCUUUACAGAUUAUUCAGAAUUUUCUUUCUCUUGGUGUUCCUUUUUCCAUAACUAUUGCAAACUUAAAUGGGUAAAAUUGUUAAUAAAUUGAUUUAUUUGAAAAGCAGUAAUAAAACUUGCUUGAUAAUAGAA